CAUUGGUGAGACUGGCUGAGGGGACGGGAAAGAAACACAGCACAACCUUCAGAGCCAGGGGCUACCAUCAGCAGAGCUGGGCAGAGGCAAGGAACCAGCAUCACUGGGGAUCUCUCAGUUAGAUGUGAGCCAAGGAACGUCAGACGAAGGCCUGGAAAGGGGUGCCCUCUGUUUUUGAACUCUGGCAUUGGCACAGGGAAUGCUUGACAAGUGCAGGGGUGCUGCUGCAAGAGAGCACAGGCGAAUGGGAGAUCUGAGAACUGGCCUCUGCAGAGGUGGUAUGUUGGGGAGGUGUGCUGGGGCACCAGCAGCAGGGUGUCAAUAGGAUAUAAAUUAUGUUUAGCUGCAAUGAACUUUUUGAGGAACCUGGUGACUUGAUGUGAGUUUCUGAAACAUGCUGCAUGGCUGAUGGAAGGUUGAGUAUAAAAGUCACAUAAAAGCCUUUAGGGACUGCAGAACAUUUUUGGAGAAUUUUCCUGUUCUCUCUGCUAUGUUCUCCAGAGGGUGGAAACGGAAGAAGAGACGACAACAAUGUCACACACUUAAAUACAUGCCAGAGCACAAUGAACUGCAGGGAGAGUCUCAUGAUGAGAGACAGAUCUUGUAUCAGCACUGAAUUACAGCCAUUUCUAUGGAAAUGGAAGGUUUGAAGCUUGGGAGAAAGCAGCAACAAAUUUCCCAUCAGACAAGAAGAUGGCUCCAAGAUAACAGCCCAGAGCAAACCUUCAGGUGAUCUUCCCUUUGGAUCCUUCUGUGUGUGCAGAGGACACAGCACCAGUAACUCCUCUGCCUCAUUUUCAAAGAUCACAAGCUCCAAAUUCAAGGAUGGUCUGCUGUGAGCAGAAAAGCAAGCAAAGGCAGCAGGAGGCAUACAUUGAUGGUCAAGGAGCUCCUGAUAAACACAACCACAAAGGAGAGGCGGGCAAGAAAUGGAAGCAGAGACAGCUGACCCAAAGAGAUUCUGUCCAAGGUUGGAGGGCUGGGGUUAGGAGAGCCAAAGCUCACCUAGAGCUCAAUCUGAUGAGCUACAUGAAGAGUUACCAGAAAGGCUUCUACACUACAUCAGCACCGAAUGGGGCUGGGGCCCUGGUGACAAAGGACAUGGAAAAGGCUGUUGUGUUCAGUAACCUUCUUUGCCUCUUACCUUUCCUGCUGAGACCUUCCCUCAGGAGUCCAGUUCUGAGACCACUGGGAAGGUUUGGAGCAGAUUCCACCUUGGUGGAGGAAGGCCAGGCUGGGGAGCACUGAAACAAGCAGGACAGGCACAAGGCCAUGCACAGGACAGGCUGUGCCCACGUGUGCCAAGGGCCACUGUGAGCACUGCCUGCCAGCCUGGAAACACUCUGGAGAGUGUUUCCACUCUCCAGAGAGGACUUUUCCCUCUUCAAGAAGGACUCUCCAGAGCAUUACAGCUCACCAUUUUAUUUCCUUAGAAACUUCUCUGACACCAGUCUCUUCACGAGGAAAAACAGGAAUUUUCUGUCACUCAGAAGAGAAAGGGAUGCCCAAAUUUCCCUCAAAUCAGAACAAAAAGGGAAAGCAGAUCUAGCUGAAAACUCCUGCUAGCUUCCUGGCUUCUCAAAACACUUCUCAGCUCUUGGUGUGUUUGCACAUUCUCCACAAGGAUUAAGAAGACAGGUGCAGUUGCAUUUACAGAACAAUCUCCUCCAUGCAACAGAGGUAUGCUUAACAAGUUGAGAAACAUCAAAGAUUUCCUGGUUUCACACCAUCAUCUUCUACUUUCAAGACUUCAAGAAUUUCAAGACUUCUCUUUUUGAUAUUGCUUUAAGUGAGUAGUUGCUGGUGAUACCUAAAUGAGGGAGCACGUUUAAACACUGAGGAAACCUGACGAGAACAACCCAUGAAGGAACACAAAGGAAGGUUGCCGGUGCUUUUACACAAGGGGUUACUUCGGUUCGCAGAUUCUGAGUACCAAUGGAAAGGGCCCUUCUACUUCAUCCAAGGAGCAGAUCCUCAGUUUGGACUGAUGAAGGCUUGGACACAUGGAGACACUAAUAAUGGAGAUGAUGAAUGGGGAGAAGAAAUUAAAUUAGCAGAGCAAGCAGUUCAGGCUGUUAACAAACUAAACCCUAAACCCAAGUUCUUUGUGCUGUGUGGAGACCUUGUGCAUGGAAUGCCAGGAACCCGAUGGAAAAAAAACCAGGAGCAAGAUUUAAAGAAUGUUCUGAAAAACACUGACCAGGACAUACCACUGGUAUUUGUCAGUGGGAAUCAUGAUAUUGGCAAUACUCCAUCCAGAGAAACCAUAGAUGAAUAUUGCCAGAACUGGGGAGAUGACUACUUCAGCUUUUGGGUUGGCGGUGUUUUCUUUCUUGUGUUGAAUUCUCAGCUAUACUUUGAUUCUUCCAAGUGCCCUGAGUUAAGGCAAGCCCAGGAUGCCUGGCUUGAUGAGCAGCUGGCUGCUGCUGCAAACCAAAAAUGCAAGCAUAUAAUUGUGUUUCAGCACAUCCCUCUGUUUCUGAGCCAACCUGAUGAAGACGACGAUUACUUCAACUUGGAGAAAUCAGUUCGUCAGGAGAUAAUGGAAAAGUUUCAUAAAGCAGGCAUUAGAGCUGUAUUUUCUGGGCAUUACCACAGGAAUGCUGGAGGGUCCUACAAAGGCCUGGAAAUGGUGGUGUCAUCAGCUAUAGGAUGUCAGCUGGGACAGGACACACACGGCCUUCGAGUGGUGGUUGUGACAGAGGACAAGGUGGUGCACAGAUACUACAGCUUAACUGAACUGGGCAGCCAAGGCAUAGAGAAGGAGCUGCUGGAUAUGCUUGCUAAGCAAAAGUAGGCUGUGUCAAAAGAUAUUUUUCUGUGUUAGAUAAAUGUAAACAGUUCCCUAAAGUUUCCCCAAGCAGAACUACAGAUUUCUGACUGCAGUGUCCCAGAACAGGUCUCAGUUUGUUGUCGUCCUAAAUAACAAGGAAGCUGUUGACCUGUUUUUCUUUUUGAAAAUGAGACCUAUGAGGAAUAUGGGAGAAGAGCAGAGCAAAUAUGGUAAUGUGUGAUUGAAAAGUACAGUUCUUAAAAUUUUCACUUUGCCCCUAGGUAAUACUUCCUUAUUACCGAGAAACUGGUGUCUGUAACCCUUGAACUUGAGAGGGUAUUUCAAAACCAAUAAAUGUAAUAAUUUCUGUUACCUUCUGGACAGUAUAAAUGGGGCACAUUUUACAGAAACAAAUCUCAAAAAAUGUGAAAUUAGCAGACUACUGAAUUUUAGCAACUUUUGAAUCAUAUCCUGUUACCUUUGUGUCAUACUUUCUCCCAUUUCCCACACUUUAUUUUCUUAGCUCUUCAGAGCCAGGAGCAAUAGGAGAGCAGACACAUUCUGGUUUGCAGUCACAGCUUGGGUUUCUGUUAAAUCUGUUAUAAAGUUUUAUAUAAUGUUAUAUAGUUUUAUAGUUUCCAUUAUAUAGUUUUAUAUAAUGAAAAGUCUGUAAAUGAGGCUGAUAUAAAUGUCACUGACAGAAACUAAGGGUAAAACAACUACUUCCAUUUUGAAAUUUCACUGCCCUUCAAUUAGCAUAUAGCCUGGCUCUAGCUAUGGAAGUUGCAAUAAUUGCAUGGGGAGAAUAUUCUGUACAGAAUACUGUAAUCAGAAGUCACUUUGUUGAUUCCUAGACAAACAGAGAACUUUGAUUUCCAAAUGCAAUGUAGAGUGCCUUACUGUGAGGCACUACAGAAUACUACAGAAUAUUGAAAACCCUCAAAAGUAUGUUUUCUUCACUGCAAUAAGUCUUUUAAAACAAAUUUACAAAAUUGUUUACAUGCUGCAAUCCACUCUUUUUUUAGCAAGUGUAUCUAAUUUGUUGCAAAUAAAGUCCUCAUGUAAUUAA